AUGACAAGGGCAAGAGGCCGUAAGGCCACCACCGAUGGCAUCAAGACGGAACCGGUGCAGCCUUCCGAGGGGCCCCAAUACCCCGACAUCCAGACGAUUCGGGACGCUAUUCCCGCCCACUGCUUCGUCCCGUCUACCUGGCGCUCUUUGGGCUACGUCGUCCGCGACGUGAGCAUGGCGGCUGCCCUCGGCUGGGCGGCCUUCACCUACAUCCCUCAGCUCGAGAGCUUCGGCUGGCGCACCGUCGCGUGGAUGGUCUACGGCUACGUCCAGGGCCUCGUCUGCACCGGCAUCUGGAUCCUGGCGCACGAGGCCGGCCACGGCGCCUUCUCGGUCCACCGGAGGCUGAACGACGUCGUCGGCUGGACGCUGCACUCGGCGCUGCUGGUGCCCUACUUCAGCUGGAAGUUCUCCCACCAUCGCCACCACCGCUUCACCGGGCACAUGGGGAAGGACAUGGCCUUCGUCCCCGCCACUAAGGAGGACCGCAAGAAGCGCAGGCUCGCCGACCUGUACCUGGACCGGGAGCUGUUGGAGGACGUGCCGGCGGUGCAGCUGUUGAAGCUGCUGGCGCACCAGCUUGCCGGCUGGCAGAUGUACCUGCUGUUCAACGUCUCGGCCGGCCCCGACAGCCAGCAGCGCAAGGCCAGCUGGUGGCGCGUCAGCCACUUUGAGCCCACCAGUGCCGUUUUCCGCCCCAGCGAGGCCGUCUACGUCGCCAUCACGGAUGUCGGCCUUGCCCUCGUCGCUGCCCUGCUGUACCUUGCUUCGACGGUCGUGGGCUGGAAGACGGUGUUCCUGAUGUACGGCGUGCCGUAUUUCUGGGUCCAUCAUUGGCUGAUUGCCAUCACUUACCUCCACCACACUCACCCCGAGGUCCACCACUUCGACGCCGAGAGCUGGACUUUCGUCAAGGGCGCCCUGGCCACGGUUGACCGUGACUUUGGCUUCGUUGGCCGCCACCUCUUCCACGGCAUCAUAGACACCCACGUUGUCCACCAUCUCUUCCCGAGGAUCCCUUUCUACAAGGCUGAGGAGGCCACGGAGGCCAUCAAGCCGCUUCUGGGUGACUUGUAUCACCGCGAGGAGCGUUCCUUCCUCGGCCAACUGUGGUCGACCUUCACUCGGUGCAAGUAUGUCGAAGCGGACCCCGCGGUGCCUGGCGCGCUGAAGUGGGCAGAGUAG